AAUGUUUGUCAAGCUUUUUAGUCAUUUCUAAUAAUUAUAUGAAAACUUUAAUCCAUCAUAUUUCAUUAUUGCUGUGGUUGCUUUUUCAUAGGGAGUUCAACAUUUAGCUGAUUUAUCAAUAAACUUUAUGCUUAAAGAUGAUUUUGGUUUAUCACCUGCUAUGAUGGGAUUGUAUUUGAGUUAUACAACUAUUCCUUGGAUUGUCAAACCUUUUUGGGGACUUAUAACUGAUUCAAAGCCUUUAUUUGGAUAUAGAAGAAAAUCUUAUAUAAUUUUGUUUAGUACUAUUGAUGCUUUAGGAUGGGUUGCCUUAUAUAAAUAUGGAACAAAUAGUUUACAUUCUGCUUUAUUGAUAUUGUUUCUCAUUCAAUUAUCAACGUGCUUUGUAAAUGUAGUGGGAGAGGCUAUUUUAGUUGAGGUAGCAGCAAAAUAAGAAUAAAAGUAAACCAAUUUUUAACAUGGAGCAUCAAAAAACGUUUCUAUCUUUUUUGGAGUUAGAGCUUUUGGAACUCUGAUAAGUGCUUUCUUUUCAGGUGCUUUAUUACACAUAUUUACAAAAUAAGAAAUAUUUUUGAUGACUUCAGCAUUUCCAGCUGCUUUAAUGAUGAUUUCUUUCUUUUAUACUGAAGAAAAAGUGAAUUUAAGAGGUUUGAGUUAGGAUGAUAGAAGAAAUAACACUAUGCAAUGUAUUAAGGACUUUUGGAUAUUUUUCAAAAAUCCGUUGAUUUACAAGUAUAAUAUAAUUAAAUAAAAGACCAGUGGCAUUAAUAUUUUGUUUUAUGAUGGCACCAUCCAGUUCAACUAUCAUGUUCUUUUUCUAUACAUCAGUAUUAGGAUUUGAACCAUCCUUUUUAGGUUAGCUAAAAUUUGUAUAUGCCUUUUCAACAAUCUUAGGAGUUCUAUUAUAUAAUAAUUAUUUGAAAGAUGUUUCAUUUAAGAAAAUCUUCAUUACAACAACGAUUUUAUAUUAUUUUUGUUAUCAAUCAAUGAUUAUAUUGGUAACUAGAAAAAAUGUAGAAUGGAAUAUAAAUGAUAGAUUCUUUUGUUUAGGAGAUUCUAUAAUGUUAUAAUUAGUAGGAGAAUUAAAUAUUAUGCCAAUAUUAGUCUUAGCAUGUAGAAUGUGUCCUAAGAAUAUAGAAGCAACUAUGUAUGCUAUGUUGAUGAGUACUAUUAAUUUUGGUAUCUUAUUAAUUUAUUCAUUUUAUAGGAUCAACUUUGGGAUCUUAAUUUGGAGCAAUCUUUCUAAUUGCACUUGGAGUUAAUUAAAAUGAUUAUUCUAGACUUUGGUUGUUUAUUGUAAUUACUGGAGUUUUCAUUCUUCUUCCAUUGCCAUGGGUUGGUGUUGUUAAGGAAGAUUAAAUAUUAAAAACUAUGGAUAAAUAAAAAUUAGCUAAAAAGUAAUAAUAAAAGGAUUUUGAAUCCUUAUCUGUAUCAUCAAGCAAUCUCAGAUAAGAAGAUGAUUAAUAAUAAUUACUGCCUUAAAAUCAAUAAAUUACCGAUUGA